AGACAAAGCAGAAGCCCAACCCAACCCAAUGCGCUCAGUACAUACAAGUGCUACAGUUGGUUAUCGCUGUCGAGACCUCGUACGUAACCAUGGCAUUCCUCGCACGCCGAACGUGGUCAAAGAACUCGAUGGCCGGUCAGUUGGAUCGGCUGCGUGAUGCCGUGAUAAAACUCGAAUCGACAAUGCGUUCGCCAACAUACGAAAGCGUUGAAGAACGCGUUGAUCAGAGGAUGAUAUCAUCUCUGCUACUCUACAUCGAUCUCAGACGUGCCAUUGUGCAUAUGCUGUACGCGUUGCUAGUCAGGCAGGCGUCUCUAAGCUUAGGCUUGUGUGAGCAGUUGCUAGGCAACAUGGACCUGGUAACGGAAGCGGAGCAUGCCGAGGCAGAGUUAGACCCGAUAUUCAUUCUGGCCGACGCACGAGGCGACAUUGGGUUGCUCAGCGCACUACUCCGGGCCUACAUACACAUCGAGCUGUAUCGACUACCGGAGUCCACUAUAGUUCUUAACGAAGCAGCCAAAUACGACCUCCAUCCCUCUCAGAGUAACCUGCACGGGUGGUUCAACACGUUAAGGGAAGCGUUAGUGGCCAAGUACACGCUGUACUUCUGCCGCCACCUCACGCAUGCGCUGUAUGACUCAUCCUUCCGCGCUAUAAGAGCCAGGAGGCGAAGAGACUAUCUAGCUCUCGUCCACAAGCUAAUCAAGAAGACAGACUGCCUCAACUUCUCACUCAUCUACGUGACUCACGCCACCCCCCACGCCAUAGUGACUACCGGGUUCUCUCUAUCUCCCCUAACCACCCCUCCCACCGGCAUGGCGGCCUACCCCAUAGUCUUCUCGUACCCGCAGAUGAUGCCGCUCAAAUACCGAACUAACGCCAUCAUCACCCUCAUGGAGCGCUUCCCGCGUCUCACGGCGUAUCGUGGCCAGGGUGUGAUGGGAUCGGCCAGCCAGGUCAACACCGGUAUACUGCCUGGCACCAAUGUGUCCAGUACUGGAGGCUCGGGUGUGGUGAGUGCUCUGGGGAACGCUCCCUCGGCUAUGGACUGGCGCAGAAGUAAUAGCGUGACGGCUGGGAUUAACUCACCCCGGUCCCGUACCCAGGCCACAGCACCUCACACCACCGGCACGGGCAAGGACAAAGCGACCCUGGAGCAGCAAAUGGGGACUAAGGCUCUGGGGGGGGUGGCUGGGAAGGACUCGUUUGCGCCGGUGGAGUUCUUUCGGGAUGAUACUAAUGUGUGUUCGUCGUAUUACUUCUGUAUGGCGGGUGAUAAUGUGGUGAUGAUGCUGAUCUCGGGGACGGGCCGAAGCUCGGAAGACACGGCCGUUACGGAGCAGCUGAGGUCGUUUAGUGGGAUGCUGCACUAUAAGGAUAUUGUAUAGGAGUGUUUGAUACCCAUUGAAUAAAGA